AUGAAAAAAAAAACUUCAAUAACUUGUGUUUUCUUGCUUUGUCUAGGAUGUUUACUUGUGCUAUAAAAUUAUCUAGAUGUAAGUUAAGAAUCUAAUUAAAUUUAGGGAUCAGAAACUUAUUUAGAAAAUUUAUCAUAAGUUACUGUUGAUAUUUGUCUUUAUGUUGGUAUAUGAAAAAAUUCUAUUAGAUUAUUAACCCUCUUUAAAGGAAAUAUCAGAAGCAAAACGAUUAAGGGAUCAGUUAUUAUCCACUAAUUACCGAAUAGGUUUAGAUAACUUGGCUGAAAAUGAUGGGAAAUUUUCAUCUGAAAAAUAGUAAGAUGCAAGUAAGGCAGUGAUUAUUAUGUUACUUCCGUGGGCAAUUCUUUUAGUAAUAUCAUUUUUCACUCAUAUUACACUUAUUAGAUGUUGGCGUGAUCGAUAGAAUAAAAAUUUAUCAAAUUGUUUAUGUGGAUUUUGUAAGUGUACUAAAGCCAAAGAAAUUAAAGAUAUUAGAAUACCUUUGGCAAUUUCUAUAAUCUUUGGUAUUAUCAUAAUGACUUUUUGUAUUGCAGGUUUAAUUAUGAGUGAUUAAGUUGGAAACUCUAUAAAAUCAAUUAGAUGUGCUGGAUUAAUGAUAUUGAAUGAUAUUAAUGAUGGGGCUACAUAUAAUAAUGAUGAAGAAAUUUAAAGAUGGAAAGGAUUGGAUUCUGUAAUAAAUAGCAUAACGAUUAUUAAAAAUGGAUUAUGCGGUUUUGUAUCAGAUACAUAAAACUAAUUAGAUUUAAUAAAUGUAUAAUAAUUGUAAAAGGAAUAUGAAAAAUUAUCUGAAGUAAAUCAAAAGUAUGUUAUUUAAGAUUAUAUUUAUAGUCUUGAAACAAUUCCAUUAACAACUUAUUAUGGAACCAACAAUAUACUUGGUUAUAUAUCAACAAAUAAAAAAAUUAGUGCUGAUGAAAUAGUUUUAGAUGUACAAUAAAUUAAGGUAUUACCAUAAUCAUAAAUAUUUUAAUAAAUUUAUGAGAAUAUUAUAAAUGAGAUAGAAAAUAUCUAAAAGGAUGGACAAUAAUUAUCUGAUGAUAAAGAUAACAUUUCUAAUAAUUUAGAAAAUGCUAAAAAAUAAAUUGAAAAUACAUAAUUAAAUUUAUUUAAUAUGGCUAAUGAUUUUUUAGAUAAUACAAAAACAUUAUAUGAUUUAAGUGAUCUUGCCUCACUUGUUUUUUAUAUUAUAUUUGGAGCAUUUGGAUUUUGUUCCUUAGUAAUUGUUUUUAGUUCUAUUUUACUUUGUUUUGGAAAAGGAUUAAAAUUUUUAAGAUGUUUAUUAAUAUGUGCUUGCUCAUUUAAUUUUUUAUUUGUUAUAAUUGGAUUUAUUUUAAGUGCAGCUUUAGGAGUAACAAGUGGAAUGAUUGCUGAAGUUUGUGAUUAUAUAGAUGUAAUAUAAACAAAUUAAACAAAAUUUGAAAGCUUAAAUUAUGCAAUAAAAGAUAAAUAAAUUAAAGAAAUUAUGACUGAAUGUUUAUUUAAAGAUGGAGAUAUUUUAAAUUAUUACAAUGUUUAUGAUAGUUUAAAAUUAGCAAUUGAUUUAGAUGCUUCUCUAAAUUCGUUUGAUUAAUAAAAAGAAGAAUUUAAAAAAUAAUUAGCAACAGGAAAUGCAAGUUUAAGAAUUAAUUUAGAUUUUAUUACUUCAUUUAUUACAUUUGAAAGAGUUGAUGAGUCAGAAUAAAUUCCCAAAUAAGAUUCUAUUAAAUAUAAGAUGAGACAAUAAAUUAAAGCAUGUAAUAAUUACAAAAUGAGUUCAGUACCAGAUAAAAUGUCAUAUUGUGAUGCAUCAGCUAUUCAAUAUUUCCCAUUAUCUGAAUAAACGUUUUCUAAUCCCAAUAAUCAACCUGUUUGUUUAUAAUCAGCUAUAUUUUCAAGUGAUUAAACAUUAUUAAAUUAAUAAAUUUCUGAUUGUCCUAAAAUAUCAACUAUAAAUUAAUUUUAUAAAAAUUAAUCAUCAUCAUGAAAACCAGCAUUGGCUUAAGAGAAAUAAAUAUUAAAUAAACAUAAGUAAAAUUAAGAUGAACUAAAUGUAAAAUUUGAUGCAAUAACAUAAUAUACUAUAACAGCUUCAAAUUAUUUAAAAUCAAUUAUAGAUAAAAAUACAGGUGCAUUAUCAGAAGUUAAUUGUAAAUUUGUUUAAGUAUACUUAAAAUAAUAUUUUUAAUUAGAGAUCUAUUACUAGAGUUUAAAAUGUUAUUUGUGCUUAAACCUUUAGAUUAUUUUUUUAUUUUUGGAUCUUCUUUGCAAUCAUUUCCAUAUCAAUAUGGUUAAGUGCUAUUAGUAUAUUUAAAGUAAGCAUUGGGUAAUAUUUCAAUACACUAAAUUAGAAUUCAUUAUUUGACUACGAAUGAUACUUCUAGUCCAAGUGAAUAUCCUAAUAGAUAGUAAAUUUAUGGAAGUAUACCUAUAUAAUCAAACAUAUAUGAAUAAUCAGGAUUUAAUUAAUAAAGUUAUUUUAAUUAAACUUAAAUCUAUACUAACCCAUACAUUUAAAAAUAAAUCGAUUAUAAAAUUUGA